CUGGCCACCAUGCACGGCUCCCGCGGUGUCGGGGCGCUGCUGCCCCUGCUGCUCCUGCUGGCCCGCGCCCCGGGCCCCGCGGCCGCGCUGAGCGACGACGAGAGACACACGAUGCUGCAGCUGCACAACUGGUACCGGGCCCAGGUGCACCCCCCGGCCGCCAACAUGCUGCGCAUGCGCUGGGACCCCGAGCUGGCCGCCUUCGCCAAGGCCUACGCAGAGAAGUGCGUGUGGGGCCACAACAAGGAGCGCCAGCGGCGGGGCGAGAACCUGUUCGCCAUCACCGAUCGGGGCCUGGACGUGCCUCUGGCCGUGCAGGAGUGGCACCUCGAGCACGAGCACUACAACUUCAGCUCCAACGCCUGCAACGCGAGCCAGGUGUGCGGCCACUACACGCAGGUGAUCUGGGCCAGGACAGAGCGGAUUGGCUGCGGCUCCCACUUCUGCGAGAAGCUCGAGGGCAUCGAGGAGACCAACAUCCAUCUGCUGGUCUGCAAUUACGAGCCCCCGGGGAACGUGAAGGGGCAGCGGCCCUACCAGGAGGGGACGCCCUGCUCCCAGUGCCCCGCCGGGUACCGCUGCGAGGAAUCGCUGUGUGAACCCAUCAGAGAGCCGGAAGAAGCUCCAGACUCCCCUGACCGGGGCACUGAGACUCCAUCUUCCCCUGCCACCGAAGACUCCGGUUCUAGGAAAACUGGUAUUCUUUCUUUCCUGGCAACGGAAACCUCAUUCUCCCUGGUAACAGAGGUCUCAGGCUCCCUGGUAACCCAGGCUCCCUUUUCCCUAGCAACCGAGGAGCCCCCUUCCAUGGCAACAGAGGCGCCACCUUCCUUAGCAACAACAGAGGGCCCUUCCUCUUCGACAACCCACAGCACGCCCUUCCUGGAUGAGGUGGAGGUCACCUCCCCCGGAUCCAGACUGGUCUCUGCGCCCCAGCCCACGGGCCUCGAGGCCAGCAGGACGAGAAUGACUUCCAUGAGUCCCGAGAGUUCUCAGCUCCCCAGCAUGUCCUUGGCGGGGACACAGGAGCUGCCGCCCCAUUUCCAAGCGGAGGCUGGGCUGCCUCCUUCCGGAGAGGUCUCGCCCUCAGUCUUCCCAGCCCCGGGCAAGCCAGGCGAGCUGCCGGCCACGCUGGACCACGACAGGCACAACACCUCUGAGCCCCUGACCGUGUCCCCCAACACCUCGGCCACUGCCCAUGCCGAGGGUGCGCGUGCCCUCGCCCUGCAGUCGUCCUUGCCAGGUGAAGGCCAUGAAAGGCCAAGUGUCCAGUCAGGGCAGAACUCGGGUCCAGGCCUGCUCUGGGGCUCCCUGCUGGGACAGCUGCUGCUGCCUUCCCUGGUGCUGGCCAGAAUCUUCUGAGGGGGUCUCCGCUCCAAGGCCAAGUCUGGGGGCAAACCGCCACAUGACCGCUCUGACUCAUCCUUCUCCAAGGAAGAAGCCACAGCUUCCGGGCAGGUCCUGCUCUGUGGUCCAGUGUCACCCUAGCCUGUGGCCAGACUCCAGGCAGACUUUUCUGAGCGACUGUCCCAUGGCCUGCUCUGCGUUGUCCAGCGCUCCCAUCCUGCUCUUCCAAAGCCAGAACUGAGGGUUCAUCAGACCAUCAGACACCCCCCGCCCCCACCCCCGACACACACAGACCCCGUCCCUGUGCCCUGGGCUUCUGGGAUCUGUGUUGCCCGCGGGAGAGCCUCCAGCCCCCCGGGGAGAGAAAAGUUCAGACUCCCUGUUACCUACCCAGUCUGCCGUUCCAGACAAGACGCUUCUUGGCUAUCGGGGAGAAAGCGCGGUGCCACACAGACGUCUGGGGGCACAGACAUCUGUCCUGGGCCAGAUUUCUCGGGGCAUUCUGGGACAAGGCUUGGCUGGCUUCCUGACUGCACGCCUCGCCCACCUGCCCAGGGAUGGUCCUGAGUGCCCCUCCACCUAUAAAAGGGGGCUCUCCCCGAGGGCCCUCCCGCUUCCUGCCUGGGGGGAGUUGUGAGGGAAGGGGAUAAGACAAGUCCCACCUGAGUGGGGUUCUGUGGGUGGGGCAGGGACCCCUGGGGGAAGCAGCCCCCGGCCUCUGAAUAAAAGCCUGACUCUUCCCAGGGUUCCUGCGUGGGGGGCUGUGGGUGGGCUGAAGGGGUCCAAACUUCCCCUGG